AUAUGUGGGCGGAUCAUGAAUGGAAUAAACGCCAAGAUCCCUCGUGGUCCUCCGUCGCCGCCGGCGCCUGUGAUGCACUCUCCGACACGGAAGGUGACCGUCAAGGAGCAGCAGGACUGGAAGAUCCCUCCGUGCAUCUCAAACUGGAAAAACGCCAAGGGCUACACGAUCCCGCUGGACAAGCGGCUGGCAGCCGACGGUCGUGGCCUCCAGCAGGUCCACAUCAACGAGAACUUUGCCAAGCUGGCUGAGUCGCUGUACAUCGCUGACAGAAAGUCCCGCGAGGCGGUCGAGAUGCGAGCCCAGCUCGAGAAGCGACUGGCGCAGAAGGAGAAGGAGCGUAAGGAGGAGAAUCUGCGCGAGCUCGCCAAGAAGGCCCGCGAGGAGCGCGCUGGUAUCCGCACGGCCACCGCCAAAGAAGAUGACGCGGUGCGCGACCGUGACGCGCUGCGUCAGGAUCGUCACAAGGAGCGCGCGCGUGAGCGCAACCUGGCGCGCACCGGCAACGACAAGCGCAGCCGCCAGGACCGGCAGCGUGAGCGAGACAUCUCCGAACAGAUAGCGCUCGGUCUGCCGGCCCGCCCCGGCGGCUCCGGGGAGACCCAGUUCGACCAGCGGCUCUUCAACCAGAGCCGUGGCAUGGACAGCGGGUUCAACGACGAGGACGCGUACAACGUGUACGACAAGCCGUGGGGCCAGGGCGCCUCGAUGGCCUCCAAUGUGUACCGGCCGGGAAAGAAUGUCGAGAAGGAGGUGUUUGGUGAUGAUCUGGAGAGCCUGAUGAAGACCAACAGGUUCGCUCCCGACAAGGGUUUCGAGGGCGCCGACCGGUCCGGCGGCGCGCCGCGCACGGGGCCCGUCCAGUUCGAGCGCCAGGAGGAGUUCGAUCCGUUCGGUAUCGACCAGUUCCUCUCCAAAGCCAAACAGGCCAGCAAGCGGCCCGGCGACGAGCGCCGCGACGACAGGGACAAGCGGCGCAGACACUAACGGACAAUGGACGGAUAAGGUGUCAGACGCGGGAACGGAGACUCGGCGGCUGGUGCACGAGCCGGCGCCGGCGGAGGGACUGUCCGCGGCACCCGGUGACUGGAAGGAUCUCUGGCGCGCGGCGGCCGAUCUGGGUUACGACUGGCCGCAGAGGACGGUGGUCGCCGGUCAGUGGUCUCUGGUAAUGGUUAGUGGUCGCUGGUCACUGUCCAGUGGUCAGUGGUCAGUGGUCAUUGGCUAGUGGUCGCCGGUCAGUGGUCACCUGUUAGUGGUCACCGGUCUGUGGUCACUUGUCAGGGACCUGGUCAGAUACGGCCGACCGUGGAGCUGGCGGUGCGGUUGCGUGCUGGCGUCAGGUUCGCCCGCAGUGUCGUGGAGAGCGGUAAGAGCGGUGAGGGCGGUCAGGAGCUGCCGCUGCCGACGCCCUGUGAGUGACCGCCGGUCCGGCAGAGACGAAUGCUGCAUCGCACUGGGUGCGAUAGUGGCGCUGCCAGCGGCAGAAAAUGGAAUUAAGACCUCUGACGAAUAAGGAUGGAGGAACACCGCGUAAUGUCGAGGUCCGUGAAAAGCAGAAGUUACCUGCUUCAAAUGGAUGCUCGCGUAAAUUCGCGUGUAAACGUACAUGAGUCUCCACAGACUCAUGCUGUGGGAGUAUGUGUGUUCGAGUGUGCGUGAGUUGUAUGAGUUCGUCAUCGCUGUUUUUGAUAGUCGUAUAAUGUGGACCCAUUGGUGACUGACGUCUGUGAUCGGGUGCACGAUCGCAUAUGGAGGCUGCCGUGGUCCUCACGUACUACAUCGGAUGUCGUUUUGGUGACGUCAUCCACAGAGGUGCAGUUGUUUGGUGCCAAUCGGCGUCUGUACAAAGUCUGUUGUGUCUUUGAUGUGCAUUCAUUUCAUCAAAAUUGGCCAUUUCUUAUUUUUAGACUCUGCUGUAAACCAUUUCAUAUUAUUGACCUAAAGAAGUGCCUAUCUAUUUCAUUUUUUUUCCUAGCCCUUAAUUACUAUAUAUAUAGUUUGAAAUGUUAUUUCCGCUGUCUGUUUAUCUUUCCGACUCAAUUUUUCCCUUUUCUCCCCCACCCCUAAAAAUUCGAGUCACGCCCGAACACAUUUGCAAACACAUUGGGUGCUCACUGCUCAGGGCUCAGCCGAGACGAGCGCCCAACAAAACAUCCAGCCGUAAGUGAUAGGUCGAAAUUAACGAAAAGUCAUGGAACAAUCUUGGAAAUCGAAGUAGGCGUUUUGCAACCGUCGUUUCACUAUGAAUGCAUGUCAGUGUCUGUGGUAGAAGAAUGGACGCGACGAUGACUUGGCCUCAUUGUUUGCACCAUGUAUGCGUAUGAUCCUGUCUGAUUUGUCUUGCUCGGCUGCGAGCUGUGACGAGACUUUUCAUAUGCCAAUAAACAGACUUCUUCA